UCUGAUAUAGUGAUGUGAAACGUCUGAAGGCUCGUCUGGUUCACAGAGGUCCUCCAUCAGCAGCAGGGACGAGUUCUCACACCGAGCACGGAGCACUGAGCGAUGAGGAAGAAGGAAAAGGGGAGCUCGUCCAAUCAGAGAUGCAGAUGGCCCCAGAAGACAUGAGCACCACCCAAUCUGGCACCGGGAUGACUUCCACUUGCCAGUUUAUACACAGCAAAUCAAAUGUGACCCCCUGUUUAAACAAUUGAUGAAGUUUACCCGGGCACACGUACGGCCAAUGAAGUGAUUCAUUCCAAUCCUUUAUUCAUUUUCUGCUUUGAUAAAUCUUUAACGUCCAACAACGAGGUUGAAUUUGCGGCGCGGCUACGAGAGACGCUGGAGGAGAAACGAGAACAUUUACCAUGCUGUGACCAGACCAAAAGCAAAAAACAAACACAAGGCAACGCCAAGUCACAGAGAUAUUCCGAUAUACAAGCCCCCGCAUUCCCCUCUCAAAUGGCGCCGGCCUGCAUGAAUAAAUGUUAGAUGGCGAGCAUCUCUGGACGGCUGUCUUCGAUGGAUGUUGCGACAGAAUCCCAAAUGGCCCAGAGGAUAGGACGGCAGAGACAUCACGCGGCUGGAAGUUCCUCUUCCUCGGUGGUCCUGUCCGGAGCCAGCUCCUUCCUCUGUUGGCUCACCCUGCUGUCAGUGAUGCGGUUGCCAAUGGUUACAGCCGACUGUUGGCUCAUCGAGGGGGAGAAGGGCUUCGUGUGGCUGGCCAUCUGCAGUAUGAACCAGCCGCCUUAUGAGGCCAUUCCUUCACACAUAAACAGCACCAUCGUGGAUCUGAGGCUGAACGAAAACAAGAUACGGUCGGUCCACUACUCUUCGCUCAGCCGCUUUGGCAACCUCACCUAUCUGAACCUCACCAAGAACGACAUCAGCUACGUGGAGGACGGAGCGUUCUCAGCACAAUUCAACCUGCAGGUUCUCCAGAUGGGCUUUAACAAGCUGAGGAACUUGACAGAGGGAAUGCUCCGAGGCCUCGGCAAGCUGCAGUAUCUCUACCUGCAAGCCAACCUCAUCGAGACUGUUACACCCAACACCUUCUGGGAGUGUCCCAACAUAGAGAAUAUAGAUCUCUCCAUGAACAGGAUUCAGGUGCUGGAUGGCAAUUUGUUCUCUGGACUCUCUAAGCUGACAACUUGUGAACUGUACACCAACCCGUUCAACUGUUCUUGUGAGAUUCUGGGUUUCCUGUCCUGGCUCUCCGCCUUCCCCAACCGGACCAGUGAGCGGAUGGUGUGCGACUCACCCGUGGGAUUCUCUGGCUUCAACCUCCUGAGCCAGAACCCCCGUAUGCCCACCCAACGCACUGCUCUGCACGUGCUCAGCAUCGUGUGCACGGACGACGGGAGCAGCGUGACGCCUUUCUUUGCCAUCAGCGCAAUUGAUUCCACAACCCUGUCCCCAGAUUCCAUCUCUCCCUGCGGAUUGGACGAUUGUGCUUCCGGGACCCCCCCUGAGGAGGUAAUCAGCUUGUCUGACCCCAUUUUUUCCGACACCAGUCCUCUCAUGACGCUAAAGCAGGUGCAACAUUCAAGUGCCGUCAUAGCAAUUCAGAUCCCCCAUCCGUACAGGAAGAUGUACAUCCUGGUGCUUUAUAACAACAGCUUCUUCACAGACAUACAGAAACUGAAAAAUCAAAGAGAAGAUAUCGAACUCAAGAACUUAAAACCCAACACUGACUACACAUACUGUGUGGCGUCGAUACGGAACUCCCUGCGCUUCAACCACACCUGUCUGACCAUCUCCACCGGCCGCCGGGCGGGGACAGAGAGAGUAGCCAAUCAGUCCUCAGCCACUCACUACAUUAUGACUAUUUUGGGCUGCUUGUUUGGCAUGCUGCUCUUUCUUGGGCUCCUUGUCCACUGCUUGAGGAAGAGGAGAAUCAUGGAGGAGAAGGAGAGGAAGAUGAACAGGAUCCAGAGGACUCUGAUAGAGCUCAAGUAUGGCGGAGAAGCGGAUAUAGAGGGAGGGAAUGGAGGAUCUGUUUCCCAGAAGAUUGCUGCUGGGGACAGUCUGUCCAGAAUGCCCUACCUGCCUCAGGGUGGUGAGAUUGAUCCAUACAAGCUGCAGGAGGUGACAGAAACACCAGCGCACAAGCCUGCGAAACUCAACUACAUGGAGGUUAGAGGCUCCGGAAUAGAGAGGGAGAGGGAGCGAGAACGGGAACGAGAGAGGGAAAGGGAGAUGUCGCCACAAGCAAAUCCCCAGGGCUCUGUGGCGGAGAUCUCUACCAUCGCCAAAGAAGUUGAUAAAGUUAACCAGAUCAUCAACAACUGCAUAGAUGCUCUCAAAUCUGAGUCGACCUCCUUCCAACAGGGGAUGAAAUCUCCCUCUUCUGCAGGCGGAGGAGCCGUUUCAACUGCAGAGCCACAGCUGGUGCUUCUCUCGGAGCAAGGGGAGCGAGGAGAGAGAGGUAGCGAGUUCCUGUCCCCGGUGUAUAAAGGAGGGCGAGGAGGGAGAGAAGAGAGGGGGAGAAGCUACCAUCAUUCUUUGCAGCGACAUCACAGCAUGGAGGCUCCUCCAACCUCCAAGAGGCCCAGCACCUCCUCGUCACCUGGCUCCGCCCGCAGCCCCCGCUCCUUCCGCUCAGAGGGAGGGUACCAUGCGUCAGAGGCCCGGUAUAUCGAGAGGACCUCACCAGGAGAGAGAGGAGAAAGGGGAGAAAGGGGAGAACGGGGAGAAAGGGGAGGCGGGGGAGGAGAGGCCAUCCGUACGGUCAACCCGGCAGCAGCUAUCCUACGAGCAGAGGCCCAGAGAAUCCGCCAGUACAAUGAACACCGCCACUCCUACCCCGGCUCCCAGCAGCACCUGCAGGAGCUGCAGCACCACCCUCAGAUGCUGCAGGAGCUCCACCAUCACCCAGGGGGACGCAAGCCCUCCGUGUUGGACCCCCUCACCCUCAGCAGGCAGGCCAAGCAGCGGGAGCUGGCCUACUCCCAGCUCUCACCUCACUACCCACUCUCGCCCCAGUACCACAACCUCAGCUACUGCUCCAGCCCCGAGGAGGACGAGGAGGAGGAAGGGCUCCUGUGCACCCCAACCCUGGGCCUGUGGGAGAGGUUCAAGCUGCACCGCAAGAGGCACCGGCAGGCGUCCAUGGAGGACGAGGGAUACGUGGCAGCGGGACAUGCGCUGAGGCGAAAGGUUCAGUUUGCCAAGGACGAGGAUCUCCACGACAUACUGGACUACUGGAAGGGCGUGUCUGCGCAGCAGAAGGCCUGAUCGCAACGUGGGGAGACCGCGAAACACUUUGAAGAUGGAUACACAAGCACUGCACCCAUGACAUAUGGAUGCAGAUACACAGACUGAUACGGAAAAAAAAGACCUGUAAAUACAAACAAAAACACACACAACUUACAGGACCGACAGAAACAAAUCGCACACACACACAACACUGAAUCACACUUUACACAUACGAAGCCUUUUUCGCCCGAGAAACACGAAGGACCAAAACUAAUAUAUUAUAUUGAACAAAAAUCAUAACUUAUGAGCGAGACAGAGUUACUUUUUUGUAAUGUAAUGACAAUUAUAGCUCAUACUGAUGUAGCUAUUUGUACUAAGUUUUGAAAAAAAAAGAAAAAAAAGAAUUAACAUUAAGAACUUAAACCUUAAAUGUUGCCAGGCAACCCAUCCUGAAGAGCUCAACUGUUGAUCUGCCUUGAAACCGACAUCCGGCAGAUUGACCUCACCAAUUCUCAUCGUGUCAGUGUAUUUCUCGAGAUAUUCAGCAUCGCUGGGGAGCUCGGCGUUGCGUCGCGUCCUGCGUCACGGCCGGCGGAAAGCAGACAUUUUGAAAGGCUUGAGAUUUUAACCGUUAAAAAUAAGAAAUACUGGAUGGGUCGCCGGGCAAGAGAAAUAUUCAACUGUGAAGAGAAUGAGUAGGUGGCUCUCAACGGAGAGUGAGUAUAAUGUGCCAAAUCAACCAAGGGGAUAGUCGAGCCCUACUGUGUACCAACAUCUCCUCGCCCCCCGUUUUUAUAUUGAAGAAUUUAAAAAAAAAAACUAGACUGAUAUGUUGUUAUUAAUAUUAAUUAUUCUUAUUAUCAUUACUCUCAUCUUAUUAUUCCUGUGAUCCUCAUCAUUGAUAUUCUCCUAUUUGAAUAUGGCAUGGCUCUUGUCGUGUGACUGUGUUUUGACUGUUUUUAACCUCUCAGCCGAGAAGUGCACACCAACAGAGACAAACUAGUGAGACGGACGAGACAGUUUCUCUUCUUUUCUACCAAGAGGAAUGUUGCUCUCUGCUGAGCCAGAAAAAACGAACCAGUCUUUUCUCUCGGUGAACCCCUGCGACACCUGCUCCCUCAACCUCCCACCCCCCACAGAGGGAACGCUGUACAGACAAGAGAGAGAGAGAAGUUCUAUAUUUGCAACAGAGGUGACUGUUUUGUUUGUACAACAUGGUUUUGAAAACGUUUUUUUUUCCAAAACCAGAGUCUCAAGUUAGUUACCUACCUGCUCACUUACAACGGUACGUUUUUGAUUUUGAAAUCGAACUAUAAAAAGGAAACUCUAAUCUAUAAAUGAAUGUCUUCAAUUUCCCACAGGGGAAACAUAUCUGCACUGUUCAAAAUCAAAAAACGACUCUCGGGGGGGGGGAAGAAGACCGAACGCCUCUCAGCUUCCUUCCGACACACUGUAGCGCCACUGUGUUCUAUCGACAGUUUAUGAACAAUUUUUCGUUUUCUCCCAGGUCUUCUUUGCUUUUCAUUUGUUGGAUUCCUCAGGAUCCACUGUGGUGCCAAUUUGAUAAAUCACAAAGAAGUAUUUGAAAUUCAUUUUCAAAUACGUCUAUUUACACACCUCUUCUCCUUCACAUCGACACACACACAAAACGAGUUUGCCAAACAGAACCAGAAUUUGCACAAGACGAUCCAUUGGCACCAUUGGUUCACCGCUCCCCUUCUAUCCUCCAAUCAUUUCUAAGACCAAAGUACUGUGGUAGUAAAUCAACCCCUUGUAGCCCCCUGACCCGGCCCCCGGCUAUCUAUCAACCAUCACCCUCACAGUUGCUACUUUAGCACAUGUAUAACACAAACAUCCAAGUGUACUCAUGCACACACUCACAACCACACACACAGAUGAAUGUAUUCUCUGAGAAAUCAAUACUGUUCAGCAGCUGGUUUUUCUGUUCCUGACGUUACGGGCUGUAUUCAAAGUGUCUUCAUCUGUCUGGCAGAAAAGAAAACCUUCAUCAGAUGGGCCACUCAUGUUUCAGUGCCGGAGAUCAAUGAGGAAUAUUUGGAUUUCCUCGCAGCGGGUCGUGUCGCCAAUUGAACCAAACGUCGAAAGGCCAAAUUCUCCGGUGCAUUGAAGUAAUGGAAAGGGGGGUUCUGCCUUAUCAAAGGUUUUCAACUGACAAAAAGAAGUUCUUGAUACGAGAAGUGUUACAGUGAUGUGAUUAGUAUCGCUAGUGUGGUGGGGGGAGAGAAAAAAGACUACAUGUAUAUCUGCAGGAUCUUAAUACUGGAAAUGUGAUAGCAAAAACGACUGCAGUUUAUUCUGUUCAGAACUGUGCUACGACUACUUUUUUUUUUAAAGAAGAACCAUCAACGAGGACUGGAGUCAAGAACAUUUCAAUUCGGCUCAUUUUGAACUGAACAAGUGUCACAAAACGCUUGACGGACUGAGUUGCGCCUUUCCUGAAUUGAAACCGAAUUGACUCCAACCUUGAAACUACACCGCAGGCCACACACAAUAGACACAACAGAGCUGGCAAACGACGACAAAGUUUUACUGGUGAAUGAAAACACUGUAUAAUAUAUGUUUUUCUCUGCUAUAAAGAGUUUAGAAUGCUCAAGUUAUUUAGCCCCAGUUGGGGCCACAAUCGCGGGUGAGUGAAAUCACCGCAGCUGGUUGUGGCACAUUGGGUCGUGUGGUUGAAGAGGAGGUUUUUUCCUUCUCCCCUCUCACUGCAGCAGCUGCGACGUGCUCACGCCGCUCCGGUUGAGCUGUGGUUGUCUUUGCGUUACAGCUCCCAGAUUAUGGCUUUUAACUAAACAACAGCCUUAAAAACAUCAGAUUUUCUUUAAUCUUUUUAACUCAAGCAUUUGCUUUUAAAUUUGAAAGACUUCAUUGUUUCUUAACUUAUACUUUCCAGACUGCAAUUUUGUAAUUGCUUGAUUCUUGAGCCUCACUUGAGCAUUCUUUGAGUAACAGUAAUAUCAAUGUAGCGAUGUAUUAAACUACUGUUUUUUUUUU